UGACUAUGCUUCUUUGCUUCGCACGAUGAGAGCGAGGGCAUGCUUCUUUGCUUCGCGCGAUGAGAGAGAGGGAACGAUCGAGUUUUCAAAUAGGGAACUGAGCUUCCAAAAUCGACGACUCUCGGGCCAAUCAAUAGUUCGGUCCGGCGCCGACAAUACUUCCAAUACUGAGCGGUGGGCAGGCAAAGAAGCUCAAAGUUGUGGUACUCGAGUAGCUCAACCGACAGUGACACUAAUGACACAAAGAAAGUUGGUGCUGAAGAAGAUUUUGACGAUUUUCUUAGGUGGCUUGAAACAUACGAAAUGGAAGCCCAAGGAGUGGAUCCCAAGAGGGGUUGGGGAUUUCGUGGUGUGCACAAGAGAUACUUAGGAUGACGGUACAAACUUUGAGCUGACAAAGUUUGAUAAUGAAAAUAUAAUCUUUGAGCUUUUACGCUACGUGUCUAAGUGUUUGUGAUAUAUGGACCUAUCGUUGAAACCUCUCUCUCGGUGAAAACUCUGCAGUUUUGAGAGUCAGUCAACAGCUUCUCCACCCUCUGUGGUGUUUUUCCUCUGAGUUUUGUCUCAGAUCUGAGGCUUUAUGCCUCAGUUUCAUUAUCUUUUUCUUUACCCCAGCCCAAUUCCUCUUCAACUGCUCAGAUUUACUUCCACUUCUCUCACCCUCAUACAGCUCCAUCUUUCAUGUUCUAUCCCAUCUUUUUCUCUUUUUUCCACAGUCCCCUCACACUCGUUCUCCACCAAGGUAUAUACACCUAACUCUACACUUGGAAUAGCUGCCGAACCGGUACUCCACCGAUGUGUGUGGACGUCACCGGACCAGUGGCGUUGUGUUGCUCGGUGGUCUCCACCACCACGACUGCCGUUUCCAUGUCCUUUGGUACCUCUGUCCUUCUUAUGCAGACUACUCGGGUAUGGAGAAUGAUGGUGAACAUACGUCUGGCCUCCGGAAGUGAAGCUUCGGUCGAUGCCUCUCUCUGCAACUUGGUGGUCAGCCAUGGCGGCUGGUCUCUCUGUGGCAGUUUUUUGUGGCUUAGAUCUAGGGUUGUUUUUGUUGUUGUUGGGCUUUUGGGCCUCGGUUUGUUUCUCUUUUCUGUUUUGGUGUAGGUUAAUUAAGCUUUGUCUAUUGGGCCUCCAAGCUUAGGACUUUUGCUUCUUUAUGCACAUCAACAUUUGUAAUUUGUUCCCCUUUAAUGAAUUAGCUAUUUGACAAAAAAAAAAAAAAGUGUUUGUGAUAUAUGUACAAAGUUUGCUAUUCUGUAUCCUUUUGAUCAUCAAGGAAUUGUGAUAUCUGUAUUUGUCCGCACGCUGCAGUACGUCAAUCCUAUUAUCAAGAAUUCACAACAUCAUUUGAAUGGGAACUUUUAUAUGUAAUAGAGAGGGUUUUGACUCUUCCAUGUUUAUAUGUGUGACUAUGGCUAUGUUUGGGGGGGCUUUUUGCUCCCCUGCUUAUAAGCACCAGAGCAACAAGUGUUUGGUGAGUGAGCUUAUGGUCAGCUUUUGGAAAAAGCUGCCCCAGCUUUCCCC